CAGAUGACAACAAAUAAGAAGUUUUGCAAAAAUUAAUGAGCAGUUUCAACCAUUUAUCCUGAUAAAAAUAAAAACAUAAUAAAGUAUUGUUUGUGAAUGUAAGUGACUGGUAUCUAAUUUGUAAAAUGCCUAAAAAAGAGGAAAGAGAAAAGGAAAGAAAAAAGAUGAGAAUGCUGGGGCAUUGGUUAAAAGCCUAUUAAGAACUUAUGAAAAGUUUUGUGUACAAUCUGAAUCUCAAAUGUGUCCUGGAAUAAAACAUAUUUUAAAGACUUGUUCUGAAGAGUUGAAACUUGUUGUCAAGUUUAUAUUUGAACCUAUUACUCCUGAAAGAGAUGGUGAAGUACAAGUUUUACUGGAACCACUAUUAACAGCUAUCAGAACAGAAAGAUAUGUAUAUGUUAAAGAUAUUUAUAUUUGGAAUUAUCCUAUGUCUUAUGAAAAUGUAGCGUCCUUGUGUUUAUUAAUUGGAAAACCAGUUUAUCUCAUCAGACAGAUUGAAAUGAUGGAUUGUUUAUUAGAAACAUAUUCUAUUAAAAGAUUUUCAAGUGUUUUGAGUUCCUGUGCUUACCUGACCAUUAUGAAUCUAGACUAUAAUGAAUUUGGUGAUGAAGGAUGUUUAUAUUUAUGUAAUGGUUUAAUUGGUAAUAAGACUAUAACAUCUGUUAGUAUGUGUUAUUGUGAUUUAGGUGUUGAAAGUGGUAAAUAUUUAGGCAACAUUGUCUCAACUACAACCGUUCAAGAACUCUAUCUAGAUGGUAAUAAUCUAGAAUGUGAAGGAACAGUUGAAUUAAUUAAGGUUUGUGUUGAUCAAGCUGAAUUUGAAGCCUUUCAAAAAGCUGAAGCUGCUAAGCUGAAAGCUGAUGAAGAAGCAAGAAUAGCUCAAGAAGAGAAAGAGAAUAAAUAUAAUAAACUAGGAACUAGUGAUGAAGAGUAUACUAGUGGUGUUAACAAAGAAAAGAAGAUAAAAAAGAAAGGUAAAAAGAAAAAGAAAAAGAAAGAACCCCCACCCCCUCCCCCUGUUGGACCCUGGAUUAAAAAACUUCAUCUGGCUGAUAAUGGAAUUGAUUAUAUGGGAGAAGGCAAACAAUUAGCACCUCUAAUCUGCAUGAGAUUAUUUAAAAAGCUGUUGAUGUUUAGUGAAGGUAUUGAAGAAUUAGAUUUAGAUGAUAAUUUAAUUAGUGAUAUGGGAGGUAGAGAGUUACUUGAUGGUCUCACAUUCAGAAAGGAAGAAAAACUAAAAGGAGUAAAAGUAAGAACUACACAUAGAAUGACUAGUGAAACCUUUAAUGCUAUAGUUAAACUUGGUUCAGGAUUAAAGAAGAAAAAGAAGAAAGGGAAAAAGAAAAAGAAAAAAUAGUGAAAAUAAAAGAUAUUAUAGAGGUAUUAUAAUGAAGAGAGCAAGCCUAUGGAUCAAUUUCUAAAGAUAGCACUUAAAUAUUCUACAUUUAAUAAAUUACUUUUUCUACUGUGAUAAUUUUAUUAAUUUAUUUUUCUACAUAUAUCUUUAUAUUUCUAUAUUGAUAAUCUUUGUAUUAUAUUAAAUAUCUAUAAAAUAUU